UACACACAUGUACCGGCGGGGGCAGGAACACCCCCUCUCCCUGACUGGUCAGCCACCGCAGACAGGACGCAGCGCCGCCCCCAGCACCAGGGGAAGGGUGACCUCUGCCUGCAUGUGAGAGCGCUGUGUAUAAUAUUCCUGAGAGACGGUGCACAGCGCUGUACAAGUGACCGGGGACGGGAGCUGGGAGCAUGGUGAGCGAUACAGAGAGCCGGGCGGCAGGGCUCUCCCUGCCCAGGCAGCACAGUGCGGGGGAAGCUGCGGACAACUUGCGGCAAGAUAUUAACAGUGUGUCUGAACGAAAGGAAGACAACAAAGUAGCUGCCACAGGGGAGACUAAGGAAGAUGGCUUUCAGGAUUUAUUUAAUGUGACAAUUCAGAUACCUGGAGGAGAUGAUGUUGAAAUACAGGUGUCUUCAAAAGAGCUGGUUCAGGAGAUAAUCCAGAUCUUGAUGGAACAUGAAGACUCUUGUCAUAGAACAUGUUUCUCACUGCAGUUUGAAGGGAAUGUCCUAGACAACUUUUCAGAGCUAAAGUCUGUGGAGGGACUAAAAGAGGGAUCUGUUUUAAAAGUUGUGGAGGAACCAUAUACCAUUAGAGAGGCUCGGAUUCACAUCCGCCACUUCCGGGACUUGCUGAAGAGCCUGGACCUCACAGAUGCCUACAAUGGGGUAGACUGCAGCUCACUUUCCUUCCUCAGCAACAUUUUUGAGGGUGAUAUUGGAGAACCUUCCUCUUACGAAAACAAUGGCAAGAAGAAGAAACGAUCAUCUAUAGAACAGGGGCUGGAUGCAAUAGAUUGUUCUCCUCCAGAAUAUAUUCUUCCUGGGAGUACAGAGCGCCCUUUACAACCUCUCCAGCCUAUCGGCCUUGACAACAAGCCUCCUCAGUGUCUCAAAUCCUUGAUUAUGAGCGGCUGGAAUCCUCCUCCAGGCAAUCGCAAAAUGCAUGGAGAUCUUAUGUACUUAACUGUGGUGACUAUGGAGGACCAUCACAUUAAUAUCACCUCUUCUAACAGAGGAUUCUACAUUAACCAGUCAACAGCAGAAGUGUUUAAUCCCAAACCAGCUUCGCCAAGCCACUUGUGCCACAGUAUUGUUGAACUUCUGAACCAGGUCAGCCCGGCUUUCAAGAAGAACUUUUCAACUUUACAAAAGAAGAGGGUUCAUCGUCAUCCACUGGAAAGAAUUGCAACACCUUAUCAGAUAUACAACUGGAUUGCUCCCAGUUCUAAUCACAUCAUUGACUGUCUUCGAGCAGAGGAUGCGUAUAAUUCACGUCUGGGAUAUGAGGAGCACAUACCUGGCCAGACCAGAGAUUGGAAUGAAGAGCUGCAAACAACUAGAGAACUUCCACGGGAGCUUCCUUCAGAUCAACAACUGCGACAAAGGGCCAACUUCAAGAUCAACUCUGAUUUUGUUGGUGCAUCCACCCGUGGCACCAUGGCUGUAAUCGAUGGAAAUGUUAUGGCAAUUAACCCUGGGGAGGAAACAAAAAUGCAGAUGUUUAUUUGGAACAACAUCUUCUUCAGCUUUGGAUUUGAUGUGAGGGACCACUACAAGGAACUGGGUGGGGAUCAUGCUGCCCAUGUUGCUGCCACCCAUGACCUGAAAGGAGUGCAAGCCUACAGUGAUUUGGAUAUUGAAGAACUUUAUGUCCUAGGAACUGUGGUUCUUGAUUACAGAGGAUACAGAGUAACUGCUCAGUCAAUCAUACCUGGAAUUUUGGACCGUAAAGAAGAUCAAAGUGUAAUUUAUGGUUCUAUUGACUUUGGUAAAACGGUGUCUACAAAUGUAAAAUAUCUCACAUUACUUCAGAAAGCCUGUAAACCAUUGAGAAUAAUGAGACAUGCUGUGUUGAAUGAGAAGGAUGAAGAAGUGAUACUUUGCUCUUCUGUGGAGUGCAAAGGGAUUGUGGGUAAUGAUGGACGCCAUUACAUUCUGGAUCUCCUCAGAACAUUCCCUUCUGAUGUGAACUUCUUACCAUUGAAAAAAGAAGACCUUUUAAAAGAAUGUCAUGAUCUUCGAUUCCCUAAACCUUAUCACCACCGUUUGUGCAGUUUACGUCCAGAGCUGAUAGAUGGUUUUGUCCAACACAAGUAUGCGCGGUUUAUGAAAAUUGUCAUGGAAAAGUCGCAAAACGGAGACUUACUUCAGAUUGAUAACAGCGGAGAUGCAUCCCAGGACGAUGAGCUAAAAGGAGCAGACAUUGUAAGAGAAGCCUGUCGAGAGAUUGGUUCUACUACAGACUAUAUAUUUGAUAUACGAUUUAAUACAGAUGUGUACUCGCCAGUGGUUAGGUUUCCAGAGUCCCAAAGCCAGGCCGUCCAAAUCCAGAAGCGUUUGUUGAGUGAAGCUGCGGCCUUCAUCCUCACUGUGCAAAUCCCAAGCUUUAUAAAAGCAUGUUUGAGUCAUAUGAUUGUUCCCCUGGAUGGUAAAACACUCACAGAAGCUCUUCACACACAUGGGAUCAAUAUGCGGUACUUGGGAACAAUUGCAGAAAUGAUUGAUAAAAUGGAGGCACGCCAAUCUCUGGACCAUCUUUAUAGUACUAUAAUCAUGGAGAUAGUGACCCGUUCAGCCAAAACGAUUCUACGCAGCUACUUACAGGGAGUGGAGAUGUCUGCUUUGUCAGCUGCAGUGAGCCACUUCCUGAACUGCUUCCUGAGCUCCUACCCGAACCCGGUGGCUCAUUUGCCUCCCGAUGAGCUGCUGUCUCGGAAACGGAAGAACAAGAAGAAGAUUCGUCCACUGGAAAAUGGAGACAGCACAGCAUGGGCCAGUAUGACUCCGCUUGAUCUAUGGAAACAAAUCCAGCAGAAUGCCAAAGAGAGCUUUGAUUUCACACUUUCAUGUGACUCUGUGGAGCAGUUAGUUGAAAAGUUCACGCUGCAGAAAGUGACUCUCCUCCGGGAGUUCUGCAUAAAGUCUGGAGUCCAGGUACUUCUUCGGGAAUACAACUUUGAAAGUCGCCAUAAGCCAGCUUUAACAGAAGAGGACAUAUUAAAUCUGUUUCCAGUAGUCAAACAUGUCAAAAUUAAGAGCAAGGAGGCAAAUGAGCUCUUUACUAAAGCUCAACUCCGCAUUCAGCAAGGUGGCCUAAAAGAGGGUGUGGUUUUGUUAAAUGAAGCCCUGGUCCAAUUCAACACUGUGUAUGGUGCCGUACAUCCGGAGAUUGCCAUGUGCCUGCGACUGCUUGCCAGGAUCAAGUUCAUUUUAGGAGACGCAGCAGAGGCUCUGGAUGACCAACAGAAAGCACUGAUUAUGACAGAGAGGUCACUGGGAUAUGACAGCACAAGCGCCAUUCAGGAUUAUGUCCUCCUGUCACAUUACUGUUUUGCCAGUGGGCAGCUACCAGUAUCUUUGAAGCUGCUAUACCGUGCCCGAUACCUAAUGCUGGUCAUAGCCGGUGAAAAUCAUCCUACUAUGGCUACUUUAGAUAGUAAUAUUGGCGUGGUGCUACAAGCUGUCCUUGAAUGUGACUUGUCCUUACGGUUUCUUGAGAAAGCUUUGGAAGCCAACACCAAGUACUAUGGAAGUAAAUCCCUGGAUGUUGCUCUAAGCCACCAUCUGAUAGCCCUAGCAUAUACAAGCAAGGCAGAGUUCAGAGCAGCAAUGCAGCACGAGAAGGAAACCUAUACUAUAUACAGAGCCUUGCUCAGCGAUUCCCAUGAAAGAACCAAGGAGAGUUCUGCAUUUUUGAAGCAUGUUACCCAACAAGCUGUAAACCUGCAGCGAACCAUGAACGAGAUCUACAAAAAUGGAUCAAUUGCCACCUUAUCUCAUGUCCAGACGGUUCCACCAGGGAUUGAUACUCUGUUGCAGCAGCUGAACCUUCUGAAUGGCAUUUUACGGAUCAGUGUCUGCACUCUAGGACAAAAUGGCAAUGACAAUGCAAAUGAAGCCAAAAAACAGAAUUCUAUGGACAGUGCUGAUGAGCAAAUAGAACAAGAACAAGGCUUAUUGUCUAAGAAUGAAAACUCAGGUUCCGAGAGAAAACCUGGGGCCGAAUAUCCGACAGAAAAUGAGCAAAAAGAGGAUGAUGAGGGAAACCAACUCAGAGAUAGCAGGGAGAAACAGAUUGAUUCUGAGGAGCAGUCUAAGGAUACUGAGGUACUAAAGGAUGGAACCAAGGAACAACUUAAAGAUGCUGAGGAUAAAAAGGAUACAGUUGAGGAGCAGGCUGAAGAUAGCCUGGAGAAAAAGAAUGAAGCUGAGAAGCAAAAGGAUGGACCUGAACAGAUUAGUAAUGCUGGUGUAGAAGAUGGAGAGCAGACUAAGGUUACUGAGGAGCAGGAGGAUGUGCUUUUAGAGCAUAAGAAAAUAAAUGAACAACUACCUAAAGAAGGUGACAGUCCUGAAGUGGAGGUACAGACCGGUAGCAAGCAGGAAGAGCGCUGUGUUCCUGAGGUUGAGUGGAAGGAAGGCGAAGGAAAAUAAUAAUGAACCAGUCCUGACCUGCAAGACCAGGACCAGCCACACUAAUAUAUUAUUACUGUAUAUUGAUCACAUGUAGAGAAAGGUCAGCUUGUGAAUUAAUGAUUUUAUGACUGCUUUUUCAUGUGUUUACCUACUGUAUAAGACGGAGGUAUAAAUCCUAAUUGGACAUUGUACAUGUAGAUGUUUGUUUGGCAUGUUACAUAUCUUUAAUGUUGGAGAGUAAGAGUAGGAUUAAAGGAAUAUUUCACAGCGACUUCUUGCCUUGUGAGAGCAGCAAAUCAUAUUUUCGUACACAGGUGGCAAUAUAUUGUUUGCAUUUUGCAGAACAAAGCAUUAAUUACUUAUCAAACGCACUUAGCAGAUGAUAUUUACAUCCCAAUUGGUGAUAUAUACUUGUGCGUCAAGAGAAAUGUACUUUAAAAUGAUUUUAACUUUUUGUAUUGUCUGCUGUAGAUAAAAUGCACUCAAAAGCAGCCUUUUUAAGUAUGUUCUACUCUGUGAUAUUAACAGUCACUUGUGUUUAGACUAUAUUACCAAUCCAAAGAACAGGAUAAUGUGGUACCAAAAUGAGACCAUCAUUCUAUACAAAGGUGUUUUGCUUUCAUGUGCUAUUGCAUAUCCUCUUAUACAGUACCUACAAAAUGAGCCAAUAUACAAGUGCAGACAGGCAGGUCAGCUGCGUAAAAAAGGAGAUUCUAGCUUUUUCAAAACACACCUAAAACUAUCAGACCGUUACUGGUUUUCUAAUAAAAUACUACUAUUUGUAAGCUAUAAAACGUACAAUGUACAGCACAUUUCACUAGUAUACAAAUUAAUACUUGCCUAGUCUCCUGGAAUCUGUGAGAGACGCCUGAUUUAUUGGGUAGACCCUCUGCACACCAGGAAGAGUGGGCACCCCUCCCGCUUUCUGCCCACUUUCUAGCAAGAUGGGAGUUCUAAUUAAGAUGGGAUGUUGCCUAUAGCAACCAAUCCGAUUCCAGGUAUUAUAUUCUAGAAAGUGCUAGAUAAAUGAGAAAUAGAAUCUGAUUGGCUGCUAUGGGCAACAUCCCAUCUUAAAUAGAACUCCCAUCUUAGUAAAUUUACCCUAGCGAAUCCACUGUUCGUUGGGAGGCGGUGGGGCCUCAUGAUGCAGUUCUAUGGUGAUCGUGCCAUUUUAGCCCCGCCCCUCUGUAAAUAUGCAUGAUUUGUAGCAUUUAAUCACGAAGGGCGGGGCCUAAUGAUGCAACUAGUCUGGCCCUGUCCUAUACCCGCCCACCUGCUUCUCCCAGAGAGAAAACUACAGAAGUCUGUAAGUAUGAUUACCAGAUAUAUGGGCAUCUUUAAUAUUUAUCUGGCCUUGUUCCUAAUAAUUAAAAUUUCUUAAUGUAGCAAUAAUAAACUAAGGGAUGCAGGGAUUCAACAUUAUUCACAGGCAGACUUGAGCUCAUCCCUGCAAUGUGUAAGAUGCAAAGUGAUCGGACUACUGCAUGUGCAUGGUCAUCAGCCUGCCCAUGUGCAAGUGGACAGUACAGGGGACGGAUCUGUAAACUUUACAGAUAGUGUCAGGUCCAGGCUUGGUUCAUUUUGAAAUUUUUGCCAUCUGGGGGCUAAUUCUGCGAUUGAAUAUGGGACUGCAGCAGAUGCCGCCAAUAUCUGCUACGGUCCCCCAUACUUAGUCUGGUGAUUAAUAUUUGCUGGAUAUGCCACAAAUUGUAUUUGAUGAAUACUCAGUGUGCCUUUUACAUAUUGCAAUGUUUGUUACUGCUGGGAGAGGGAGAAAAUGAUGAUAGCUUUUCACUGCCAUUUACAAAAUGAAGCAUAAUGUAACAAACCCACUGUAGGUAAGUUCCUUGCAUUAUGAUUUCCAUUAAAUGUUCAUUCCCUGUAGUAGUGAUAACUUUUCAAAGGUUUCAAUUGUUACACAGUCUUCCUGCAUAAUGGAAUUAUUUAUUCAGUUUAGGACGCUAUUAUUAUGGGAACAGACAUCACAAGUAAAGCCAGGUACACCUUAUACAAUUAUUUGGCUGAUUUACCAAUAAUCGGGUGACCUGCAGAUUCUGUUGGGCAGUGUGUAGGAACGAGCAUUUUGGCCAAACGCUGAUAAAAUGGUCAAAAAACAACCAGAAACGCCUUGGUUUGAUUAUCUGAUCUGUCGGCCUUGACAGAAAAUAUCGUCCAAAAGGUCCCGAUAUUGUGUAGUGUGUUUAUGCUCGAUAAUAUGCCCAUUCCUAUGGUUUACCCAGAUUACCUCAUCCUGCUUGUGGGCGUACUUAUGCAGAUUGUGUGCUGUGGCAGAAAAUCAGAAAUGUAAAAAAAAACAAUAAAAUUGCUUAAUAUGUAGCGCAGCAAUCGGGACCUUCCAAUAACAACUGCAUAGUGUGUACCUGGCUAAAGAGUAAAGGACAAAUCUUUAUAGACAACACCAGCUUAGUACCAAAUUCGCAGUAAGAAAUGUGAAUAUGAGAUUGCUAUACCUGUGUAUAUUCCACAAUACAAGUUGAAAAAAUGAGCCAUGAAAUAAUAAUUUAUUGUACCAACGUUAAAUCUUCCCAUCUGCUUGAAUGUAAGUAACAGAGCAGUAGUGUAGGAAUGAAUGGUGUGUGAAUAAAAGCCUACCUACAUAUAAGGAGAUGGUGCUGGCAAGAUGUCAUCAACCACUUUAGUUACUGAUGUCAAAAUGAGUUUACAUGUGGAAUCCUGGUAGACUUUGUAACAACCUCUUUACAGCAAUAAAGAGGCUACAUGGGUUUAGAUAUUACAGUAUAACUAUAUCUUUUGAUCAUUGUACUCUUUAUAUUUUUUUUAUUAUUUUUACUUUUUCUAAAUAAAAAAAAUCCGCUUUGUAAGAUUUUAUUACUUGCCAUUUAAUAAACAUUGUAAUCUUUCUGUGCA